CACCAGCGGGCGGUGCGAGUGUGAGAGCCCCCUCUACACCACAGCGCUUUCUCUUCUCCCCUUGUUCGUGGAAACGUGAGGCUGUAGUGAAUCCCUGUCCGUCUUACUGCCGCCCCGUGCCGGUGCCCCCAGUCGUCUGAGAGUCGGUCUGAGUGAGUCGCCGAAGUGUAUUUGAUUUGUAGCUGUUAACGCCUUUUACCGGUUUGCUUUUUACCCUGUCUCAACUACCACGGCCCCGACUAUGGCGGCGAGUGCGAAGCGAAAACAGGAGGAGAAACACCUGAAGAUGCUCAGAGAAAUGACGAGUUUACCUCCCAACCGAAAGUGCUUUGACUGUGAUCAACGCGGCCCAACCUAUGCCAACAUGACGGUCGGAUCUUUCGUCUGUACCUCCUGCUCAGGCAUUCUACGAGGCCUGAAUCCUCCCCACAGAGUGAAGUCCAUCUCCAUGACAACCUUCACGCAACAGGAAAUAGAAUUUUUACAGAAGCAUGGGAAUGAGGCCUGUAAACAGAUAUGGUUGGGCCUUUACGAUGACAGGACCUCGGUCAUCCCAGACUUCAGGGAGCCCCAGAAAGUAAAGGAGUUCCUCCAGGAGAAGUAUGAGAAGAAGCGAUGGUAUGUUCCCCCAGAGCAGGCUAAGGUCGUAGCCUCUGUCCACGCUUCUAUUUCUGGUUCGUCUGCCAGCAGCACUAGCAGCACUCCAGAAGUUCGGCCCCUCAAAACCCUGCUGGGAGAAUCGGCCCCUGCCCUUCACCUCAGCAGGAACACCCCUAGCCAGUCCCCUGUAGUGUCACGUACUCAGUUGACUCAGCAGGACAGAAAAUUUGAUCUGCUCAGUGAGUUGGGUGGAGAUAUCUUUGCAGCUCCACCCUCCCAGGCUACAGGCAAUGCAAACUUUGCCAACUUUGCACAUUUCAAUAGUCAUCCAGCAGCACAGAAUGCUAACGCUAGUGCAGACUUUGCAAAUUUCGAUGCGUUUGGGAGUUCUGCUGCUGCUGCCGCUGCUCAGAGUGCUGCCUUCCCCUCAGCACAAGCCCAAUUUCAGUCUGCACAAAAAGGAGGCUCACCAGGACUAGCCAACGCCAACUUUGCAAACUUCGACAACUUCCCCAAGUCGUGUAGUGCUGACUUUGCAUCGUACGGCUCUGCCCAGACCAACUGCGCUGGGGGAGGAGCUAAGAACGAAGGUGGUGCUGUACCUGCGGACAGGUACGCUGCCCUCGCCGACCUGGACAAUAUCUUCAGCUCUGCAAAAUCUGAACAAGGCCCAAGUGGCGUGAGUUCGGCUCCUCCCUCUGCAGGUGUGGGUCCACCCCCUCCUCAGGCAGCCAUUUUGGGGAGUGACCGCUACGCUGCCCUGGCUGCACUGGACAAUGUGUUCAGCUCCCCAGCCCCCACCUCCAGUACACAGGGAGCUGUAUUCGGAGCUUCUGCCGCUGCCACAACUGCCCAACCACAGCAGGGGGCGCUGCCAAGCAUGCCUCAGGGCUUCCCAGGCCCAUCAACAAAUCCUUUUGUGGCUGCAGCCGUAUCACAGGCCGCUGCCCCUACGAAUCCGUUUCAGACAAACGGCAGAGCAGCAGCAGACCUGUCAGGAGGUAUCCCUGGCCAGGCACACCCUGCAGCCCAAUUUGCCCCAUUUGGUCCUGGCUCUAUGAGCAUGCCCGCUGGGUUUGGGAAUGCUGCCGCCUACAACCUUCCCACCAGUUUCAGUGGAAACUUCCAGCAGGCGUUCCCUGGGCAGGCCUUCCCCGCGCCGCCAGCCUACCCCCAACAGCCCAAUGGUGGGGGUUUUGCUGCAUUUGGCCAGGGUAAGGCUGUAGUAACUCCAUUUGGGCAGAACACGGCGGCAGCAGGAGUCACCAAUAAUCCAUUUUUGGCAGGGGCGCCAGCGGGACAGUAUCCUGCGGGAAACUCUUCUACAAAUCCUUUCUUAUAGCACACUGUUCUCCUUUCACACUACCAGGAGGAGACUUGCUUGCACCUCUUGCACUGUUUUGUUUUUGAAGUAGCUUUAAAACAUGUUUCUAAAAACUUUUUUAUUGACAUUUACAAACUAAAACAAAAUUACACCCAAGGCUGUGUACAACCAUGACAACAGAAAACAAAGCGAGGUUCUGGGGUGCCUCCGAGGACGGGCUUGCCCUCCUUCCUAUGCUGUGAAAUUGCCUGGCCUGGAAAAUGUACGUUCAAACUGGCAGAUAACUAAGUUAUUGCAAAAUGUCCAGUGCAUUUUAAUGCUGCAGUUCUGUAUAUAUAUUUUUUUUCUCAGAGAUGGCAGAAAUUUAGCUCUUUGUGCAUAUCAGUAUUUGUAUCUCAAACAUACACACACACACAUCUGCGCACACACAAAGACGUUCUCAUGCACAUGCUUUGAACUCUGACAUGCUUUCGGGGAGGUUGUGGAGGUUGCCUGCUUAAUGUGAAGCAAGAGCCCGCUCUUCAUCUGGAUGAUCAGACUUUAUGGAGGAAGAGCAUCUGCACUCUGCGUUUUUCUAAGCAAGAACUCUGGCCCCCUCCUCAUCCCUCUCUUCCUCAGUGCCCAGCUUCACACUGUGGGCAUUGCCCUCACUCACCAUGCCAGGUGCUAUUCAGAGACUCCUGGACUACACACCACUUAAGUUGAAUGUUACAAAAAUUUAAGUUAAUGUGUAUAUAUAUACAAAUAUAUAUAUAUUAAAAAUGAAUUUUAAU